AUGUUGUGUUGAUCGCAAAGCGACUUUUGUGUUGGGUGUUACAGUAGUUAGAAUGGAAUAGUAUGCCUUCGAAACAUGGAGAGUCAAUGUUGCUUGGUAAUAAAUAUUCAAUGAUCGACCAAGACCACUCCACACGGCAGGACAGUGACCACAGCCCCGGAAAGCCGUCGGAGAGCAUUAGGCUUGCAUGGAUAAUGAUGUUAAAGCGGCUCUAACAUGCGGUGUCACGUGCUAUCGGAUAUAUUGAAAGUGCAGCAAUAUGCACCUUAUGAAGGCUUUUCCUCCCAUACCUAGCCGCUCGUCUAUAACAACACCAUUACGCACGUAUAUAGGCCAAGAUGACAUCCAACGCCUCAAAAUGGGCUAAUGACGACGACGAAGAAACCGCGGCAGCACUGGCAUUGCGCAAGAGAGAGAAAGAGGAGAAGAAGCGAUUCAAGGAAGAAAAGGCUCGCAAAGCUGCAGCUGCAUCACAGGCUGCCGACCAUUCCACCUCACAAGAACCUACUCUAGAGAGCGAAAGGCCGAGCAAGCGACAAAGAACGUCUGAAGAGCAGAAUGGCACUUCAGAAGAAGGCGCGCACCUAUUACAUUUUCCCACCUCGAAAUUCGGUGCAUGCCGACAUGUCGACGAGUACGAGCUCCUCAAUAACAUUGAAGAAGGUGGCUACGGUGUGGUCUCGCGAGCACGCACGAAGGCCUCGGGGGAAAUCGUCGCACUCAAAAAGUUGAAGAUGACACUACCACGCGACGGCUUUCCGAUCUCAGGAUUACGAGAGAUUCAAAUACUCAGAGCAUGUCGACACGAUAAUGUUGUCAAGCUACUUGAGGUGGUCACGAAACCCGGAUCCAAAAGCAGAUCCAAGCUCAACGAUACCUAUCUCGUAUUAGAGUUCCUCGAGCACGAUCUCAAAACCCUCCUCGAAGACCUGAUCGAGCCAUUUUCACCAUCCGAAACAAAGGCUCUCCUGCUACAGAUCGUUUCGGGUGUAGAAUACCUCCACUCGAACUGGAUCAUUCAUCGUGACCUUAAAACAUCGAAUAUCUUGCUCAAUAACCGUGGCGAGCUCAAGCUCGCAGACUUUGGCAUAUCACGCUAUACAAGCAGUCCUCGCCCGAAGCUCACUACAAGCGUAGUGACAUUGUGGUACCGAGCACCAGAGCUCCUAUUAGGUGCUGAAGAUUACCACUUUGAAAUCGAUAUCUGGAGCAUCGGCUGCAUUUUCGCAGAACUACUUACGACAAAGCCCCCUUUUCAAGGGAGGAACGAGGUCGACCAGCUCUCUCAAAUCUUCGACCUACUUGGCACGCCUACCAAGCAGGCCUGGCCCAGUGUCACAUCUCUCCCUAACGCAAAAGACCUUCAACUCGUUCUGUCGGAAGGAAAGGGCAAGCCGUCUACCCUAGGACUUUCCAAAUUCCUAUAUCUGACCACCUCUGGCCUUGCCUUGCUGUCGUCCCUAUUGUCCAUGAACCCGGCGGGCCGACCUUCAGCAGGUGAGAUUCUCCCGGAUAUGUACUUUACAGAAGACCCGCGCCCAAAAGCGAAGGCGAUGUUUCCCACCUUUCCCAGCAAAGCAGGGCAGGAGAAGAGGAGGCGUAGAGCUUCUCCGCAGGCUCCUGCCCGUGGCAACGCACCGAAACUGGAUGAGGCCGAAGUCGAAGGCAUUUUCGCUGGUCGCGAGCACGAAGAACGUGGCGCUGGAUUCUCCCUUCGGCUGGGGUGAAUCUUCCGAAAAAGGUUGUUACUAGACAUUGGUUUGCCGACAAGACCAUGGUCGUCCAGUACAAAGUGUCAACAGAAGAUGAAGAGAGGGAUGGAUUGGACAAGGCAGCCCACAAGCGCAUUGCAAACAUUCUUAGAGGAUCCUCUCUGCCCCAAGGCUGGCGCCGCUUGAGCACCCUUUUAUAUCAAUCCCGCCUUU